GCUAUUGGCUUCUCAUUCCUCAGCGCCGCGCAGUGAUGCUCGCACCUGGCGAAGGGCGGAAGAACCGCAGCAUCAGCACCAGCGGAUCUCCAUGACGACAGCAGCAUCUCCAGCAUGGUGCAGAAAUCCCGCAACGGCGGCGUGUAUCCCGCGCCGCAGGCCGAGAAGAAGCUGAAGGUGGGCUUCGUGGGGCUGGAGGCGGGAGCCACGGAAUCGAGCCGAGACGGCGCGCUGCUGAUCGCGGGCGCUGAGGCGACGAAGCGCGGCAGCAUCUUGAGCAAACAGCGCUCCAGCAUCUCCGGGAAGAGGCCGCCGAAGCGCAACGCGUUCUACCGACGCCUGCAGAAUUUCCUCUACAAUGUUCUGGAGAGACCUCGAGGAUGGGCGUUCAUCUACCACGCUUACGUUUUUCUGCUGGUUUUCUCCUGUCUGGUUCUGUCCGUGUUCUCCACCAUCAGAGAAUACGAGAAGAGCUCAGAAGACGCCCUCUACAUCCUGGAAAUUGUAACCAUUGUGGUUUUCGGAGUGGAAUACAUUGUAAGGAUCUGGUCUGCAGGAUGUUGCUGUCGAUACAGAGGAUGGAGGGGAAGAUUAAAAUUCGCCCGGAAACCUUUUUGUGUUAUCGACAUCAUGGUGCUGAUCGCCUCGAUUUCGGUUCUGGCCGCUGGAACGCAGGGGAAUGUGUUCGCCACCUCUGCCAUCAGGAGUCUCCGGUUCCUCCAGAUUCUCCGGAUGAUCCGCAUGGAUCGGCGCGGGGGAACCUGGAAGCUCUUGGGAUCUGUGGUCUACGCUCACAGCAAGGAACUGAUCACCGCCUGGUACAUUGGCUUCCUGUGUCUGAUCCUGGCCUCGUUCCUGGUGUAUCUCGCUGAGAAGGAGGAUAACGAGAUGUUUGAGACCUACGCCGAUGCGCUCUGGUGGGGUCUGAUCACUCUGACCACCAUCGGCUACGGCGAUAAAUAUCCCAUAACCUGGAACGGACGUCUCCUCGCGGCGACCUUCACCCUGAUCGGCGUGUCUUUCUUCGCUCUGCCUGCUGGGAUUCUGGGUUCUGGGUUUGCCUUGAAAGUUCAGGAACAGCAUCGGCAGAAACAUUUUGAGAAGCGCAGAAAUCCAGCUGCCGGCCUAAUUCAGGCUGCCUGGAGGUUUUACGCCACAAACCUGAAUCGCACGGAUCUCUAUUCGACGUGGGACUAUUACGAGAGGACUGUAUCCGUGCCCAUGUACAGACUCAUCCCUCCUCUGAACCAGCUCGAUCUGCUGAGAAACCUCAAGAGCAAAUCCGGCCUCUCCUUUAGGAAGGAAUCCCAAACAGAACCCUCUCCGAGUCAGAAAGUGAGCCUGAAAGAGCGUGUGUUCUCCAGCCCGAGAAACUCCGCAAACAAAGGGAAGAACUCUCCUCUGAGUCAGCAGCCCCUGCGACGUUCUCCCAGCGCUGACAACAGCAACGAGGACAGUCCCUCCAAAGUACCCAAGAGCCUCAGCUUCUGCGACCGCAGUCGAGCCAGACAGGCCUUCCGCUUCAAAGGCGCCGCGUCCCGCCAGAACUCAGAAGAAGCCAGCCUUCCCGGAGAAGACAUUGUUGAUGACAAUAAGAGCUGCCAUUGUGAGUUUGUCCCUCAGGAUUUAACGCCGGGACUAAAAGUUACCAUCAGGGCCGUGUGCAUCAUGAGGUUCAUGGUGUCCAAGCGAAAGUUUAAAGAGAGUCUGCGGCCGUACGACGUGAUGGACGUGAUAGAGCAGUAUUCGGCCGGACAUCUGGACAUGCUGGCGCGCAUUAAAAAUCUGCAGUCCAGGUUAGAUAUGAUAUUGGGUCCUCCGGGCCCCAGCACCCCUCGUCAAAAGAAGUGUUCAACCAAAGGAACCAAAGAGUCGCCCCAGUUGUCUUCUAGAGUCGAUCAGAUUGUUGGUCGAGGUCCUUCAAUAACAGACAAGGAUCGUCCUAAAGGAACCACGGACGCAGAGCUGCCAGAGGAUCCCAGCAUGAUGGGACGGCUUGGGAAAGUGGAGAAACAGGUGAUGUCAAUGGAGAGAAAGCUGGAUUUCCUGGUCAACAUCUACAUCCAGCGCAUGGGCAUCCCGCAGGCCGAGACGGAUGCUUACUUCGCCUCUAAGGAGCCGGACCCGGCGCCUCCAUACCACAGUCCAGUGGAGCACAUGGAGAAGAGCGGCUCCAUCACCAAAAUCAUCCGCUCCAACAGCUCAGCGGGCCAGAAGAACUUCGACCCGCCGCCAUCUACAUGCAUCAACCACCACUGCCCACCCUCCACGUCUUGGCACCUUCACAGGCGCCCUGAACCCACGCAAGGAACGUCACCCACGGGCGACCCCUCGCUAGUGCGCAUCCCGCCACCUCCGGCCCAUGAGCGCUCGUCCGCAGGCCACAAUGGAGGCUCUCGCGGGGCGGGACAGCAUCAUGCAUCGCGGGGCGAAGAUGGACGCCCGCUGGCUCUUUCCCAGCAGCAGGCCGGAGCCGAGAGCGACACGUCCAUAUCCAUCCCCUCGGUGGACCACGAGGAACUGGAGCGCUCCUUCAGCGGCUUCAGCAUCUCGCAGUCCAAAGAGAACCUGGACUUCCUCAACAACGCCUACUUCAGCGGCGUGUCGCGCUGCACUAAAGUCAGGCCGUACAUCGCAGAGGGCGAGUCGGACACGGACUCCGAUCUGUGCGCCCCGUCGCCUCAUUCCGCCACCGGAGACGGCGCUUACGCAGACAGAGGAUGGUCCGGCCCGAAGUAAACCUCACAAAUCUGGGAUUCGACCAUUGGCAAACGCGCGCUGGACUACAUUUGCGUGUUUAAAAAAAGCAGCGUUUGUCUUCGGCUCCAUGGGCAGAAGAUACGGUGGAAACGGCAAGACGCAGUGAAGAUGCAAUGCAGUGGCUUCUGCGAGCCGAGCACUUGCUUAUCCAUCGGCUCAUGUCUGGAGAAAGACGGAUUUUAACAUGAGAGACGCUGGGAGAGUCUUUAGCAUUUCAUUUGUGACCCUUGACCUCAAAACCAGUCAUAAGGGUCAUUUUCUUUUUAUUUUUUGAUUUAUACAUCAUCUGAAAGUCGACUAAAUAAGCUUUCCAUUGAUGUAUGGUUUGUUAUGAUAGGACAAUAUUUGGAUGAGAUUAUUUGAAGAUCUGGAAUCUGAGGGUGCAAAAAAUCUAAAUAUUGAGAAAAUCGCCUUUAAAGUUGUCCAAAUGACGUUCUUAGCAAUGCAUAUUACUAAUCAAAAAUGAAGUUUUUAUAUAUUUACGGUAGUAAAUUUACAAAAUAUCUUCAUGGAACAUGAUCUUUAUUUAAUAUCCAAAUGAUUUUUGGCAUAAAAAAAAAAGGAUAAUUUUGACCCAUACAAUGUAUUGUUGGCUAUUGCUAUAAAUAUACCCCAGCGACUUAUGACUGCUUUUGUGCUCCAGGGUCACAAUAUGUGGUGCAUUUGCGUCUUUAAGAACGUCUCAUUGAUUUCACAUCGUCAGCUGGUUAAAGGGAUCGUUCACUCAAAAAUCUCUCAAACAUCCUGUUGUUAUUUACUCACCCUCAAGUCGCACCAAAUGGUAUGACUUGCUUUCUUGUGCAACACAAAAGAAGUAGGACAGUUUUUGCAUCUGUCAAGCAUCAAAAGGACCAAAACUACACAAAAGCACCAUAAAAAUAUCAUGAAGGUACAUUUAUGCAUUUGGCAGAUGCUUUUAUUUAAAGCAACAUUGUAUUCAAGUAGGGCUGCAUGAAAAUGGUUAAACAGCUAUUUUAUUAUUUUGCUCAAAGAAUACAGUCAUGGUUAUUAAUAAUUUCAUUUGAUUUAUUUACUUUUUACACUUCAUCAAAAUGAUUGUACUCUGACAUAAGCACAAACCAAGAGAAUGUCAACUCACAUAAUUCCCAUACAGCAAAAAUAAUAAAAUAAAAAUAAUAAAAUAAAAUGUUGAAAUAUACAAAAAAAUGGCCAAAAAAUAUGAUUGCUAAAAUAUAACUUUACUAAAAGCAUUUAAAAAUAUAUUUUGCCCUCCAUAUAUUUCAAUCCAUUCACAUACAGUAUAUCACAUUUGAAGAAAAUUAAAUACUGAAUAAAGCCUAAAUGUGAAAUUUGAAAUGUAUUUUCUUUCCCCUGUAAUACAUUCUGAAAUAUUUUGCUUUGGUUUUUCAAAAAUCAUUAAGCUUUGCUGUUUACAACAUAUACUUAGUAUAUUUUUAAAGCUUUGGCCUAACAUUUUUUUAUUUUAUUUUAUUUAUUUGCUGUAUGGGUUUGCUCGCAGAUUUAGUCACAGAAAACAGCACAAACGAUUGCGAGAAAGAACACAUAAAGUUUAACCACCAGGCAGGAAAUUUUUGAAAAAAAGCUUUAUUUUAUUUAUGAAAAAAAAGCUCUGAAUGAGGGAUUUAAAGCUUGAUCUGGCAACCGCAACCUUUAAUGUUUGUGGAGGCUUGUUACCAACGCAAGAAAGCACAAAUGCCAAAUUAAAAUUAAAUGUUCUCUGGAUAUUUGACCAGCAGACAAAUAUCACAAAUGAUUAUGCUUAAUAAAUCAGAAGAAGCAGAAAUCAUCAUUACGAUUAAAAUACAAUGUUGUAUAGUUUCUUGCUUUCCCUGGGAUUCGAACCCAAAACCUUAGCAUUGCUACAGGAAGCCUAGUUUAUAAAAAGGUAGUUUAUUUAACUUAGUACCAUAUGUCAAGUCUUCUGAAAUUCUAAAAUCAGUGAAAUAUAAGUCGUUAUUUGGUGAUAAAUGACAUGAGGGUGAGUAAAUAAUGAGAGAAUUGAGAUUUUAGUGUGAACUAUCCCUUUAAAUCAUGUCUCUGUAGUACCAUGUCGUCCAUGUUCGCUUGUGAAUGUACUUCACGACAGCUUGUGAAUUUUAAAACAUCUCUAAACCAGGUCACUUAAUGUUGAUCAUAAUAUUCCCUUAAUUAAUUACCAUGGUUAGGAAAUUCACUUCAAGUACAUAUGAAAUAUAAAAUAUCACUUUCUCUCAAGUUUACAGUUUUUUAUUACUCCCUGAAUUAAUAAUUUGCAUGUCAAUAAAUUAGGAAUAUUUAGUAAGAUUGUAUAUUUAAAGUUAAUUUCAUACUGCAAAUUAACAGCUUCUUGAAAUAAUGAUAAAAAAAAGCCUAUUUUCUGCCAAUAUUUUUCUUUUCUUAAAGAUACUAAACCCUCCAAAGCAAUUUCUAAAACUAUUUCUGUAACAACAAAAGUAUCCGUUUAAUAAUAUAAUAUGUCUGCUUCACAAUCAUUCAGCAUACAUAAAAAAAUCAUCUCGUUUUCUAAAACAUGCCAUCAGAAAACAUGAGGGCCAGAUGUGGUAUAAAGUUGAAUAUGAAUUAAUCAUUUAGUUAGUUUGUUAGUUAAUUGAAUCUCGCUCAUGAAACAGGGGAAAAUACUGUAUUGAAUGCACUAAUUUACUGAGAGCACAUGUGAAAUGCACUUGUUCUGAUGUAAUUGAUGUUCUUUUGCCUUCUAUAGUUUGUUUUAUUGGUUGAAACCAUACUGAACAAAAAUGUCUGUAUCGAGACCGGACAGCUGACCGGAUUUAACGUAUGUUUCCUGUAGAAAUCAUCCGUAUGUGUUCUACACCACUUCACACAUGCAGACUGCACAUCUCCAAAGAGGAUAGUUCAUUUACAUCAUCCGUCUUCCAUCUCAGUCGCCGGAGUCUUUCUCUAACGCUCCCUUUAAUGCUGGUCAUCUGCUGCUUGUGCUGGACAGAUGGGGGAGACCGGGGCUAGUUGUCACAUGGUGAACUGAUGGAUUUACAGACAAAAUUCUAAAAGUCUUGAUUACAAAAUGCUGUUGCUCAGGAAAAAUAGUUAAUUUACAUUCAUGCAUUUGAAAAAAGAGAAUUACAUUGCAUGCAAGGUUUACAUUUUAUCAGGUCAUGCAUUUGCUGAAAAAUCAAACUUAUGAAAACAACUGGUGUAUAAUUUAACACUUUUCACUCAGAAAUUGCUAGUAAAUUUCACAAAUAAUGACAAAGAAUUGGCAAGUAGCAUUGAAUUAAAUUUGACAUUUGGAAGUAGAAAGACUGAAAUAGUUUUUUCUUGUAAAACGUACUCCACUUGAAAAAUCAUUUUUACAGUGUAUAUGGGGCAUGUUGUCACACUACUACAAAGGGAAACCUCCUGCUGAAUGUUAAAAAUAUAUUUGUUUGAAAUAUGUAAUACUAUCUAAAUAAAAAACAAACAAACACAGCAACAAACCAACAAACACAAAAAUUGCUAUUUUCACUUUUUACUUAAAACCUUUUUGCCAUGUGACAACUAGCCUUGUCUCACCGAUUUGAAUGCAAAAUGCUUAAAAUUCAGCAAAAGCACCAGAAUGAAUUCCUGGAUUAAUAUAACAUACUGUACAGUCAGAAUACUGUGGUAAAUGGCCGCUGAACUUCAUUUACCCUAACAGAGACAUAUAGAUGUAAGUCAUUGGUUCAGUUGGGUCAUAUGGCAGUUCUGAAGCUGAAAAUCACUUACAAAAAAGUACUGCGUCUGGUAUUCUUUGAAGUACCUUGGCGUACCAUGUAAAUACCAUGCUACAUGAAUAUGGUAUUCUCUGCCGUCACUGUAUUACGGUAACACCACAGUACUUGUUUGUGAGGGACAGUUGAGUUCUGCACAUUCAGUCCCAGUGAAUCUGUAACAGUGAUUUGAGUUGAAUAUCGUCACAGCUGCCUUGCUUGAUUUCAAUUUGUUUUCCAAAGAAUCUAUGUGUUUUGCUAAAUUGCCUUUGGUAUCUUUUCUAACGCUGUCGGUUUUGUUCCUGUUGUGUGUAAAUGUUUACUUGAGGUCAGUUUGGUUCUGAAAUGCUUGUGAAUGUAUUUCUAAAUGCUGUCGUUUUGUUUUCACUGUACAGACAACUUUCAUAUACUUUGUAGAUCUACACAACCAGCUUCUGUGACACGAGAAUCUGUCAGAUAGGUUUGCGAUAUCUGAAAAGAUGAGUAAACACGUAAAUCUUUGCAUUAGAUGCAUUUGUCAAAUGCAUAUGUGGUAUUAGUGAUUCUGCACCACUAGGAUGUUUAAUUAGUUUAACCAGCAGGACUCACGCGGUCAGUUAGCAUCACCAGAAUGACCAGCACUAACCAGCAUACACUUGGCUGAGAAAAGUCAUGGUCUUUUUAACAAAAAAGUUGCUAGUCUUGCUUUUACUCCCAAAAUGUAAUCAAGAUGACCAAAAGUUUUGCUUUUUGAAUAUUAAACGCUUGUUUGAGGAAGAAAUCUUAGCUUGGCACUUCUCAGAAACUGGGUUGACCUCAUUAUUCAUCAUCUAUGGAAGCCGUUUCUGCCAUGAAAUAAAAAACAAGAAAGGUAAUUGUGACUUUUUAUUUCAUAAUUCUGACCUUUUUUACUCUCAAUUCUGAUUUUCUAUCUCAUAAUGUUUUAGUUUAUUAUGAUUUUCUAUCUCAUAAUUCUGAGUUUAUUAUGAGUUUAUAUCUCAUAAUUCUGAGUUUGUCUCACAAUUCUGAUCGAGUUUAUAUCUUGUAAUUUGAGUUUAUAUCAUAAUUCCGAGUUUAUCUUGUAAUUCUGAGUUUAUAUCAAUUAUGAGUUUAUAUCUCAAUUAUGAGUUUGUCUCAUAAUUCUAAAUUUAUAUCUCAUUAUGCUGAAUUGAGUUUAUAUCUCAUAAUUCUGAGUUUAUCUUGUAAUUCUGAGUUUAUAUCAUAAUUCCGAGUUUGUCUCAUAAUUCUAAGUUUAUAUCUCAUAAUUCUGAGUUUGUCUCACAAUUCUGAUCGAGUUUAUAUCUUGUAAUUUGAGUUUAUAUCAUAAUUCCGAGUUUAUCUUGUAAUUCUGAGUUUAUAUCAAUUAUGAGUUUAUAUCUCAAUUAUGAGUUUGUCUCAUAAUUCUAAAUUUAUAUCUCAUUAUGCUGAAUUGAGUUUAUAUCUCAUAAUUCUGAGUUUAUCUUGUAAUUCUGAGUUUAUAUCAUAAUUCCGAGUUUGUCUCAUAAUUCUAAGUUUAUAUCUCAUAAUUCUGAGUUUGUCUCGCAAUUCUGAUCGAGUUUAAAUCUUCUAAUUCGAGUUUAUAUCAUAAUUAUGAGUUUAUAUCUUCUGAGCUGAGUUUUUUC